UUAUAGGUUUGAAUGUCAAGUGAAAAUGAAAAUUAAAAAACACAAAUUAUAAACAUGGCGGGCGGUGAAGUAGAACUCGCUCAAUCUGCUUCUGUUGGAGGCGAUACUAUAUUUGGAAAGAUAUUGAGGAAGGAAAUUCCAGCUAAAUUCGUUUACGAAGAUGACCAGUGUGUCGCAUUCAACGAUGUGAACCCUCAAGCUCCAACCCACAUCCUUGUCAUCCCCAGGAAGCCGAUCUCUCAGCUUUCUAAAGCAGAAGACGAUGAUGAGCAACUCUUAGGUCAUCUGUUAAUCGUAGCUCGUAAGGUUGCUGCUCAACAAGGCCUUGACAAAUCUGGCUUCCGUUUGGUCAUCAAUGAUGGAAAGAAUGGUGCUCAAAGUGUUUACCAUUUGCAUAUUCACAUUCUUGGUGGACGCCAAAUGCAAUGGCCUCCUGGUUAAAAAAAAGCUUGUAACACUUUAGUCUGUGCUCUGUGAUUAAUAAAUCGAAUGUCAUUAAAUGAG